GGUGCGAUCCACGGCCGAGAUGGAGGUACGUAUGAAUGUAUUGUACCUAGGUACCUUAAGUGCCGCUAAACAUCAUGGAUUGAAAGGUUGCCUUAUCAAUUUUCAGAUCGAUUAAAUCUUUCACGACUUUUAACCAUCUCGACCUUCUUGACUCCACAACUUGUAUAUAAUACUCCGCAGUGCAGCCAAUGUGGUGAUGAGAGUAUGUAAAGCGCUGCAAAAUAGCAGCGCCAAUUUCGGCCGACGCGCAACAAUUGCGCCAUAUUUCCACCGCCGAUACUUCGCUGAUGAUCAGUCACAAUCACAUAGUGAUGAUAAGGAAGCGACCCCGCCUCGUCGAAAAAAGACAAACAUCGCUCACGAGGCGAUUGAUUGGGACAAUGCCUUCAAGGUCAAUCCGGAGAACAAGGCGGUAGAGACAGCCGUAGGUGACCUACCACUAUCCCCCGUUAUGGACCCUACGUAUUGGGAGGCUACUCAGCGAUACCAAGCCCCAAAGCCGAAGCCUGGAAAAGCUCAGAAUUCUGUCGAACGCCAGCUUCGGGCCAAUCCUUAUGCAAAAGCUCUAGCAAUGCCUGUACGAAAAUGCGUGAUGACCCGCGUCCGUCUACCUCAUUUCUUCCUCCAGGAUUUCAAUCUCGUGUCCCACCCCGAAACCGGUAAUCCGUGGUUAAUUCCAGUUAGUCUUAUGCCUGAUGAGGCUCACGCAGAAAAGCGGCCAGAUGCAGAAAAUGUAUUAGAAGUCGAAAGCGGGGAAGAGCCUCAAGAGAGUGAAGAAAGUUCGGAGAAUAUAGAAUCUAAAUCAGAAUAUUUUCAGGAAGAUCCAAUUCCUACGACCCCUUCAGAAAAAGAAGGUAUCCAUGGCCCAGCCGCCUAUACAUUGGCAAGACAAGAUCUUCUCUCCGCUUUCGCAGACAAAAACUCGAGCCUCUCAGGUGGGCCAAGGCGUCUUGUAGGAUCAACUCCACGUUAUAGAGGUUUAGAGAAGAAGGCUGUCUGGCGCAAAGACAUGGACACUUACAUACGGGAUACGAUGCGUAAAAUCAUUAUCAGCGAGUUGCAGUACAUCUGUAGACUGUGCACUGAGAAAGAGCGGCACUAUAUCGCCAAGUGCUACGGUUGGGAUGAUGUGCAGUACAAGCAUAGAGGUUCCGUACUCUGGUUUGGAGACCCAGUCGGAAGUGCUAGUUCAGAUCAGGCCGACGAUCAACCAGCCGCAUUCGCAUCAUUUGAUAUUGAGAAGUCGAGUUUUUCUGGUAAACAAUAUACUUACAGUGUAGCCAUCUACAAUAUGCCCAUGUUACUUGGGGCAGAGAAUGCUAGCGAUCUUAAGGAGGCCCAGGCUCUGAGAGACGGCUUUAUCUUUAUGCUUGCGGGACGACGGACCGCAGACUUACAAGGAAAAUUAUGGAAGCUGCAGGGGUAUAUGGCGGACUAUAUAGAUUAAUAAGGCUGCCAUAAUGCGAAGAAUUGAAUCCGUCC